AUGCCGCCAUCCAAGAUCAAGAUUGCCCUGAUUCAGCUGUACCCCAAGCCGCUCUCGCCAACCCACAACCUCUCCAAAGCCGAAUCCCAGAUCCGCCUCGCCGCCUCCUCAGGCGCCCACCUCGCCGUCCUCCCAGAAUACGCCUUCACGUCCUGGUACCCGUCUUCCCCUUCCUUUUCUGCCACCUGCGCCGAAUCCUCCCGGCACCUCCUCCCCUCCUUGCAACGUCUAGCCGCCUCCCUCUCCAUCGCCAUCGUACCCGGCACGCUCGUCGAGAAGCGCCCCGACGGCGCCCUCGUUAAUGUGUGUUAUUUUAUUUCGUCGACCGGCGAUGUCGUCGGGAGGUAUGUGAAGCGGAACCUCUGGCAUCCUGAGCGCGGUGUCGUGGAACCCGGACGUGAACCCCAUGAUGUGUUCGAGACCGAGUUCGGUCCUGUGGGAUUGCUCGUUUGUUGGGAUCUUGCUUUUCCUGAGGCCAUGAGGGAGUUAGUCGCCAAGGGGGCCAAGUUGGUCAUCGUGCCUGCUUGGUGGCUCUUGAGUGACGCCGGCGAAGAAGGAGCUGAGCUUAAUCCCGAUUGUGAAAGGGUAUUUUUGGAGAGCAUGGUUGUUUGUCGUGCGUUUGAAAAUACCUGCGCUGUGGCCUUUGUGAAUGCCGGCGGGCCUUCGACCCCUAAGGACGAGGAGGAGGAUAUCAAAGCUAAUGGGGGUAGGAAGAGGGAGUAUGCUGGCUUGAGUCAGCUGGGCAUGCCGAUUCUGGGUGCUCUGGGGAAGCUUGGGCAAGUGGAGGGCAUGUCGAUUCAAGAAGUUGACAUGGGCGUGUUGGAUGUCGCGGAGAGGACGUAUAAGGUGCGGGAGGAUUUGAGUAAGGAAGACUGGCAUUAUCGUUCUUGCGUCUAG